UUGUAUUGUUAUAAUUUGUACCGCCGCGGUCGGACGCGUCUCGUCUCACUUCCUCCUACUAGGGUAGAUUAGUAUUUAAAAACAACUAUAUAAAUAUAUUAUAUUCGGGGAAAACAAUCGGUGGACCAGCAGUUUGAUUUAUGUUUACGUGUAAUUUGUCCAUGUUUAAAGUAGUCAAAAGUUGAUAGAAGCCCCGCGCGUCCCCUGUGCAGGGAAAUGCUUUAAUAUUUUUUUCUUAUAACAAAAUUGGCGAGUUAAACAGCAAUAGAGCCAGCCGCAGGCCUAUUUACAUAAUAUUGUCAACAAAUCACCAGCACACACACACCCAUGCAGACUCGAGCGCUUUGAGGAAAAUUAACAAUUUGCUUGACGAAGGAGAGUGUGAGGGGCAAACAACAAGAUCAAGUUGAGCGAAAUGCAAGUGAAAAUGCAAAUGCAAAUGCAACUGGAUUUAAAUUGAAAAGUGUCGGACAAAAAAGUGAAAACUAACUCAAUUGACAUUCUCCUGGGAUUGGAUCGGCUGCAGGCACAAAUAAAAGCAAAUAUGUCGAAUACUGAAGAGAGCGAGCUGGACCCGCAAAUUCAGAUUGAAUUGGAGAAUCUCAAUAGUGCCACGGAUGAGAUAAACAAACUGGAGAUCGAGUUGGAGGAGGCCAAUUCCACCUUUCGGAUUCUGUUGAACGAGUCCACACGGCGCCUGAAACUUUCAUCCAAGAAGCUGGGCAGCUGCAUCGAGAAGGCCCGUCCCUACCAUGAAGCUCUGGAGAAGGCACGCGAGGCACAAAUCGAAUGCCAGCAGGCAGCGGUUAAAUUCCAACGAGCCAAUGAAAUCCAUGCCGCGGCCAAGGAAACGGUGGCGCUGGCCGAGCAACGUUUCAUGUCCAACUCACACGAAUGGCAGUUCGACAACGCCUGGCAGGAGAUGCUGAACCAUGCCACCCAAAAGGUGAUGGAUGCUGAGACCCAAAAGGCCGACUGCCAUGCCGAGCACCAGAGACGGACGCGUCUCUUCCACACGGCCGAGCAGAAGUUGCAGCAGCUGGAGGACCGCUUCAGGAGGAGCAUCAACAAGUCGCGACCCUACUUCGAGGAGAAGCAAGUGUGUCAGGAUCAACUCCAGACCCAAAAGAAUCGAAUUCAAGAGCUGCAACAGCAGGUGGCUGGGGCCAAGAGCACUUAUUCCACGGCUUUGCGUAACCUGGAGAGGAUUAGCGAGGAUAUACAUAGGCAGCGCGGGGAUUAUCCCACACCGCCAGGACCCCGCGAGCCGGGAGUCGGUGCCGAGCUGAACACGCCCACGUCCAGUGCGUUGCCUUCGCUGCCGGACUUUCAGAUGGAGCUGGAGAAAUGCGACUAUCCCUCUAUAGCCGGCAGUCAAAUGUCAUUGGCGGUAAAACAGCCAGCCAACACAGCGGAAACUGAGGACGAAGAGGAUGCCUGCGACUACGAUGAGACGGGGGCUAGAGAGUUUCGAGGCGCGGUCGACGAAGGCGAUCUGGAGGCCCUGCGUCAGAAGGUGAAAAUCCUCGCAGUGCGCCCCAUCGAGGGCGGGGAUGGUCAGCAGCAGAACGAUGUCUGGGAGCACGAAUUGAAGGCCACGGUGGAUAAACUGGAUCAUCUAAUGAUGCUCAAGGAGUCAGCCAAGCGGCAGCAAACCGAAAGGUUGAAAUCAACCGAGCAGAGGCCCGACUCCCUUGGAGCCGAGGCCCUUGAACGCCACUGCGAUGUUGUGGUGAAGAUCACAAACACAACUAGCUUGCCAGUCACACCCCAGCAUCACCAGCAGGUGCCGCCGACGCCCAUCAAGAAGCUGCAACAGCAGCUGGCCCCCUUGCCCUCGGUAAAUGUGUCCAUGCGGGAGCUGCCGCUGCUGGCGCGUCUCUCAAACGAGCUCCUGGACCGCAGCAAUGCUGCCAUUGUCGGAGUGCGCCGUCAGCUACGCAGGCGCUCCCUGGAAUAGGAAUAGGAAUAGGAGGAGGAAGAGGGGAAGCAGCAGGGAACAGGAGAUUUGUUUAUAUUAAAUGAAUAAUUGUAAAAGCUAAAUGCCGCAUUUAAGUACACUCUCAACGAUAAGUCUACACACCUACAUGAUAUAUAUUUUCGUAUAAAUGUUGAUCAAUUUCUAAUCUAAUGUCUCUGUAUUUGUUUCUCACUGUUAAUACUAUGAAUAUGUAAAUGUUUUGUGAUUGAAAUGCGUAAAAAAGCAGAGAAGAUGAGGAGCAGGAGCUCUGCAAACAAUAAGCAGCUUUAAGUUAACUUUAACAUGAAUAGAAAGGGAAAAAAUCACUAAUAUAAAACGAAUGGGGCACCUGCACUAAAUAGUUUUGCCUAAAAAUAACACAGAAAAUAAUAAAAGAAAUAGAAGCCAUUUUCGAAAUGUAACCAAUUCAAUUAGGUAAUUACUCGUAAGAGGAAUUCUCAAAGGGAACGAAGAGAUCUAGAUCUAUAGAGAUGUAGUCCGUCUAAUCCACAAAUGAAAGUAUUUCUAACAUGUGUAGUAAGAUUCAUGAUAAUGAUAUCCCAAACUGAAUAAUAAAACAUAAAUUCUAA